CAACUGGUCCAGUACGGUUUUGUGAUCAGGAAAAUUGCAACGCGUCCAAUUGGGUUUGAUUUGGAUUUUUUGGAGUUCGAAAUUCGAAAUUCGCUUGUGAAGUGCAAAUUUAAAGAAAAGAUGCGCGUUUUUAUUACCCUCUGCCUGCUGGCUACGGCCUAUGCAAAACCCCAAGGCUACAACUACCAAAAUCAACAGAGUAGCAGCAGCAGCAGCUAUCAAAAUCAGCAACAACAACAUAGCAGUUUUCAAAUCAAGCUACCCGGCCUUAGCACCAGCACUUCAAGUGGCAUCGGCGUACCGGAAGCGCCAAGUUUCCUACAACAAGCGUUACAAAAUACCAAAUUGACGCAAUCACUCAUCAACGCACCACCACCAACAACUUAUAUACCACCCGCCGCCGCUGUCAGUGUACCCGCACCUCUCCCAACGGUAGCAACACCAAAUAACUUCUAUCAGAGUCCACCACAGUCACAGUUGCAAACAAGUGGCUUCCAAACAGGUUUCCAACCCAGUCAUGGUCACCAACAACUACCCAGCUUCUCCUCAUACCCGCAACAGUACCAACAAGGCGGUAACUUUGGUCAGCCACCAUCAUCCUCGCUGGUUACCAAGGAUAUUUAUGUGCAUGUUGCACCAGAAGAGCAUGAAGAACACUAUCAACGACCAGUGCUGCCACCACCGCCACCGCGCAAGCACUAUCGCAUCGUCUUCAUCAAAGCGCCAUCACCGAAACCAAGCGCCGCCGCUUUGCGUGUCAAUCAAGCACCAACCGAAGAGAAGACUAUCAUCUAUGUGCUCACACGUAAGCCCGAUCCAAUUGAUUUGGAGGCAGCUUAUCAGGAGGCAGCACCCAAACAGCCCAGCAAACCGGAAGUCUAUUUCAUUAAAUACCGGACACAAGAGGAAGCACAACAUGCCCAGCGCACCAUUCAAGAACAAUACGAUCAAUUGGGCGGCACCACACAGAUCUCCGAUGAGGGUAUUGCACCGGUAACCUCAGUAAUUGGAUCACUGGACCCACGUAAUGGUGGCGCAAGUGGAAGUGGAAGCAGCAGCAGCGGCGGUGUGUCCAGCGCAGGCAUUUCGAGCAGCAGUAGUUUCAGCAGCAGCAGCAGCAGCAGCAGUGGUGGUGCAAGCAAAUAUCUGCCGCCAAUUGUGCGACUCUAAAUUUAGUUAAUUGAAAAAGAUUUUAUUUUUUUUAUUUUUAUUGAGAUUAAAUUAAUCGACUGAAAGCGAUUUUAAUGCACAACAACAACAACGAAAUGAAGACACGCGAAACACUAAUUAAAU